CCACACGUCACGAACCCAACACGGAAGUACACAAGGAAGCGGCAGACAAACACAAGGGACAGACAGCAGUGCCACCACGGGACGAAAAGAAAACACGAUAACGGAUGUUGUGUGUGUCUCCCGAGAGAAAUGUCAACUAAGGAGGGAGGAGAAGGAAAAAGUGGUCAACCUGUGACCAUGUCGCCUGAAAGGAUGGCCACCGACAAAAGCCGAGAGAACCAGCGCGAGGUCGAGGCGACGGGAAGCACAGCGGACACCAGCACCAGCGCGAAGAACCUGGCCCUGCUCAAAGCUCACUCUCUGGACGUGAAGUUCGACGUGGGAGAAGAGUACGACGUCAUCGAGACCAUCGGCACGGGCGCCUAUGGCGUCGUUUCAUCGGCCAGGAGAAGGGACAAUGGCCAGCAAGUGGCGAUUAAGAAGAUCUCCAAUGCGUUUGAGGUUUUGACGAAUGCGAAACGCACGCUGCGAGAGCUGAAGAUCCUCAAGCACUUCAAGCACGACAACAUCAUCGCCAUCAAGGACAUCCUGCAGCCCAACCUUCCUCACUCCGCCUUCAAGUCUGUGUACGUGGUGCUGGACCUGAUGGAGAGUGACCUGCACCAGAUCAUACACUCAUCCCAGACGCUCACCUCCGAACACACACGCUACUUUCUGUACCAGCUCCUCCGCGGCCUCAAGUACGUGCACUCCGCCAACGUCAUCCACCGCGACCUCAAACCCUCCAACCUGUUGGUGAACGAGAACUGCGAGCUAAAAAUCGGCGACUUCGGCAUGGCCAGGGGUCUGAGCCUCCACCCGGAGGAGUCUCAUUCCUUCAUGACGGAAUACGUGGCGACCCGUUGGUACCGCGCCCCCGAACUCCUGCUGUCUCUGAAUCACUACAGUCUGGCCAUCGACCUGUGGUCCGUCGGCUGCAUCUUUGCCGAAAUGUUGGGGCGAAAGCAGCUGUUCCCCGGGAGGCACUACGUCCACCAGCUCACGCUCAUUCUGGGCGUGCUGGGCACUCCCCCCGAGAAGUUGAUCAGCACCAUCAGGGCCGACCGAGUGCGCUCCUACGUUCAGAGUCUUCCGUCGCGGCCCGCUGUGCCUUUGGCCAAACUGUACCCGCAGGCGGAGGCGGAGGCUCUCGACCUGCUGGUUGCCAUGUUGCGCUUUGACUCCCGCGAAAGAAUCACCGUGACGCAAGCGCUGGAGCACCCUUACCUGUCCAAGUAUCACGACCAAGACGACGAGCCGAUCUGCGUGCCGGCUUUUGACUUUGAAUUCGACAAGCUGCCGAUGAACAAGGAUCAAAUCAAAGAGGCGAUCUUGAUGGAGAUCCAGGACUUUCAUCAGAACAAACAGGGCUGUCGUCAGCGGCUGCAGUUCAGGCCCUUGGCGAGGGCCGCCGGCCGAGCCGCCGCGCACAGCGGCAACCAGUGUGAUGCACAGCCCUCCGCUGUUAGCUUUAGCAAAUCAACACUGGUUCCUGUGGCAAAGCACCAGCAAAUGAGCGAAGCGGAAUCCCAACGGCAACAAGAUCACACGCCGGCAGAAGGGAGCCACGCGUUUGUGAAUCAGAUGCGGAGCUUUAACAAGCCGUCGUCCCUCUUGGAGGGGGCCCCGCCUCACGUGACCCACAACUUGCGUCUUCUUUCUAAAAGCGAAAGCGGCCCGGUCGACGUGGACAUGCCCAGCGCCAACUCGGACAGCGGCCAGUCGGAGACUAUAGAUCUGACCACGCCGGUGUCGAGUCAGGAUGCCUCCCUGGAAAGCAUGCGAGACGGCGAGGUGCAGGAGCGGCUCAGCGGCACUCCGGCUCCUCUGAGACGAGCCGCCGAGAGCCGGUCCAUGAGCCAGGCCGCCGCCUCUACCCCUGCCACGCCGGCGCAGAGCAUGACACCCCUGCCUGCCACUGUGCCUUCCCUUUGUCUCUCCGUGACGCAGGUCCAGUCCCUGUCUCAGUCCCUUUCGCAGUCACUGUCCAAGAACGCCAGGCCGCCUCCAGGUGCCGGCGAGGGAACGAGGAAAGAAGGGGCCAUUUCAGAGGAUACCAAAGCGGCACUCAAAGCAGCUUUAUUGAAAUCAGCUCUCAGAAAUAAAGCCAGGGGGGAUGGAGGCACUUCGGCGCUGGGCACCGACGCUGGCGCAGGGGGAGGCGUAUCGUCCUCCCAGUCUUCUGUUCCAGAUUUCCGCCGGCCUGUCACGGCACAGGAGCGUCAGCGAGAAAGAGAGGAGAAGAGAAGGAAGCGGCAGGAACGAGCCAGAAAGCGGGAGAGGAAAAUGAAGGAAAAGGCGAGAAGAGAGGGCAAACAGGGGGACUCGCUGGGCGGGGUCCUGCUGAGCGACAACGACAAGAGCCUUCUGCAACGUUGGACAAUGAUGAUGGACUGUCGGAGUGAGCGAACGCCGACCCCCGAUAGCGAUGGAGCGACGAAGAAUAAGGACUCCAAUGUGAACUCUCAGGGUGGCGUAGCCAUCAGUGAUAACACUCCAGGAGCACUGAACCACACAACGGGCAAGGAGGCCAGGUCUCACGAACAGUUAGUCCCUGAAGUUGAACCUAACCAGCAGGGCGUGUUCCCGCCUCCCAGUACCCAGCAACCACCACUGCUCUUCCCCGUGAGCCAGAGGAAGCCCGCAGCGGAUGUGGUUGCGGCCGUGAGCGGGGGGAUGGACAUGCUGGCCGUCCCCAGAGGCUUCGUUGAGAACAACACGCUCAAACCUCAGAGCGAGAGCAACGGUGGUUUCCACUGUUUGGGAAACUGGAACCGAGCGGAGACGAGGCCAGCGCAGCCAGGCGGCAAGCCGCAGGCGCCGCCGCCGCCGAGCUUCCUCCAGCCCCACCACCAAGCUCAAGGUCAAAACCAGCCCAACCCGCAACCCCAGUCGCAUCUGCUCCCUCUGGAGAGUUUUUUAACUAAAGCACCAGCAUUAACCGCCCGAGAGACAAACGGGAAUGUCGGGCGGCGGAACAGCCCCCACCACGACCCCUCGGCGCCGCCGCCGCCCUGCUCCAUGGAGAAGCUGUGUCCCUCCGUAGGAGAGCAAUCCGGAGCACAGGCCGUGCACCCUCUGUGUGGGUCUUUAGGGGUCCCCUCCCAGCCUCAUCCCAGUUUAGGAUUCACAGAUACCGGACAGCAGGGGCCCCCCACUGCCCCCGACAUCCACACAGUAACACUGCAGCUCUCAAAGUCCCAGGUGGAGGACGUCCUGCCUCCGGUGUUCUCGGUCACCCCUAAAGGCUGCGGGGCCGGGUACGGCGUGGGCUUCGACCUGGAUGACUUCCUCAGCCAGUCUAUUACAGACCUGCAACACUGCGACAGCUACGACUCGGCCCCCCUCUCGGCGUCCCUGUUGUCUGAUUGGAGCGAGGUCCACCGCAUGACGCCCGCCGAUCUGGAGUCGCUGCAGCAGGAGUUGCAGCUCGGCUCUCCCAUGAUCCUCUCGGAUAACAUUCCCCCGGAUGCCUGACAUUCCCGGCCAGGAAUUUAAAAGGCAGCUCUGGGAUUUGUGUGAAUCUUAGAUUUCUGUUAACAUGGAAACCUUGAGUAGAUUUAGUUUUUUAAAACAGGCACUACCACGCCAUCUUUUUUUACCAUUACGUCAUGCCACGCUUUUCUUUAUAAUAAAGAAAACUGUCAUCACC